AUGGCCGACGACCAAAACAAAUAUCAGCCUCCGCCGGGUCCGCCCCCGACGUACCCUGCCCAAGCGCACCACGAUGCCGGCCCUUACUAUCCGCCCAACGGUGACGAGACGCGUGGUUAUCCUGCAGACAAUAACGGCUAUUAUCAACAGCAACAGCAACCGCCGCCGCAGGGCUGGUAUCAGCAAGGUCCGGGUGGCCCGUGGCCUCCACAGGGACAACAGCCCUACGGGUACUAUGGCCCGCCUCAGCAGCCAAUGUAUUACCCGCAAGGGCCGCCGCCGGUAGGGUACUACGACGACCGACGAAGUGGUGGUGCUGCUGAAGGAUGCUGUGCGGCACUGUUGGCUUCAUUGGCAUGUUGUUGUUGUCUUGAUUUCUUGUUCUGA